UUAAUGAAACACGCGUUUUUAAGGCGGGAUUUCACCCGCCUAUUGAAUCCCAAAAAUUAAAACCAACCCCCCCUCUUCCGAUUAGCAAGAAAAAGCCCUAGGCCUUCGUUUUCAUAGCAGCAUCGCACCACCACCCAACCUCCGAUCUCGCACCGCCAAGUGUCUCCGACCAUAUUCUCCAACCAUUCUUUCCUGUCGCACUACACUGAUAGCAAAACCCCCAUCAUUAUUUUAAACCACCGGUGAUACGCAUCCUCACCCUCUCCUCUAGAUCUUCAUUCUCUGUAAAAACCCUUCUACCAUCGAUGAUCGAAUUGCACUCCCAAAAAUUACAGAAUGAAAUCCUAAAAGAAUUAUAAAAAAUCCCGCUACUAAGAAAAAUCCCAAACAACCGGUGGCAUUUUCCCUAAAAUUCAUGAAUUCUCUCUUGCAAUUUUAGCGAUUUUCGUUUCCCCCCUAUUUUUUUUUGGCAUCGAUCACUUCUUAGGCGGUCAUUGGCCUUCAUUUUUAUUGUAUAUGGUUUCCCUUAUUCUCCUCCACCUUUGUUUCCAUCUUUCAUCUUCAAGUUCUUCUCAUCAAUCAUUGAGAUGAUUCAUAUGAUUCCAGGUCAAGGAGGAUGAAGAAGAGCUAUCGUUCAAGUUCUAGGAUUAGAAGAAGGAAAUCGAAGAAAUAUAUGAUAUAUCUAUAUAAUGAUUCAGACGAUUCAUAUGACUCCCUUUGUCCUUACUAAUACUGGAUCUUUGCUAGAACCACAAAGAUGCUAGUUACCCUUGGACUAAAUCAAACCUGAGGCAUCCAUGGUUUUCUUGAUUCUGCUAAAUCGGUGUCUAUGUUGCAUGAUAAAAUGGAACCAGAGGUUGUUGUAAAUGGAAAGAGACUACUUAGUUGUUUAGAUGCUUUGGCACUCAAUUUUUCAACUGAGGAAGUAGAAUUCAGUUUUAAUGAGUUUGGGCCAGAUGAUGAAGUAGAUAACUACUCAAGAAACACUCCUGAUGCAUUUCAUGAAGAUUAUGUAGCCAAGCUGUUCGAUGAAAUGCCAGGAGACGAGUUUUGGUUUGAACUAAAAGCCAUCAGAUGGUAUCCUGUUUCUGUUGACCCACCUUUGACUGGACUUCCAUGGUUAGUGCUAGAUAAUACAUGUACACACAUAAUACAUGUACAUAGAUGGUAUCUUGUUUGGUUUUCCCCUUGUUUUUUAGUUUGCAAUUGUACACACAUAUAGCUAUACAUACAUGUAUAUGUAUACAUACAUAUAUAGAUAGAAAUACAUGUAUGUAUGCAUAUAGAUACAUGUAUGUAUGCAUCUAUGUAUAUGUACAGAUAAAGAUUUGAUCAUGAGAAUGAUAUAUUGCUUGUUGGUGAUGACACAUGAGAAAUUUGUGAGCUGUGUUCAAAGCAUAAAGAUACUGUCAUAUUUUGAAGUACAACAAAUGAGUUUAGAUGUGGAUUUGGGUAACAUGCCAGUCCCUAAUCAAGCUUUUAGUGGGAAUGAUAGUGGGAAUCCAUGGAAAUGGCAAUAAGAAGACAACUCAGCUGCAUCUUUCAACAGGUGAAUGCUUUAUAAGGUGUGAGGGCGUAUCCAUGUUUUUAGAUUUCGAAAGACCAAUGAAGAAGAAGUAUGUAUUCUUGUAGGCUUUCUGAUAUAGAGUUUCCUGUUAGUGGUUGGUGGUGAGUGUGAUUCCCAAUGCUAUAAGCAUCAUAAACAUUAACUGUGGGUAUAUCUUGAGUAUUAAGAACAAGAUUCCCAUCUUCAAGAAGUUGAAACAAGAAUCGUCCGCCAGAAAAGUUUGUUUUGCUCAUUUUUGAAAUGAUCACUCCACCUCUCAAUAUAACCUGAGUAGGAAAUAGUGUGUUUGCUGGAUAAUCAAAACUACUCCACAUCUUGCUUGAAUUGCCACCAAAAAUCAUGAAGUUACCUGUAUCAUUCAGAAAACCUGAUGCAACACCCGAAAUGAAUCCUGAUCUCCAUACCUGUGUGCCUUGAGGAUCAGUGAGUACGAGUCCACUUUCACGAAGUAGCUCAACUUUGGAUCCUGUAGGCACCAUCCGAACAUCUUCUAGAUACCAGAUGAUGGUCAUGUCAGACUCCACGUAUCGUCUCCCUGCUGUCAGAAUCUUACAACCCACAUGUCCGCUACGGGGCAUCCAUGGCUGUUGGCAUUUCUUGUGCUGGCACUGGUGUGAGUGAUGAAAGCCAUGGUUUGAUGUCGGGUGUGGCAGUGAGUGAUGCACCAACCAGUAUAGAACCGUUAGACAAUUGUGCUGCUAUAAAAGAAUCAAACAGCAUAUAUGACUCAUGAACUUAUCAAUAAGGCUGUAAAUCAGUUGGAAAAAACAGUUAAUACUAAGCUUGAAGCAACUGUUUCAAGGCAAAUUCAAGUCCAAUUUCAAACAUAUGGAAAACAAGCUUUGCAGGAAGCACUGAAGAGUAGUAUGGAAGCUUCUAUUCUUCCUGCUUUCAAGAUGUCCUGCAAAAUCAUGUUUGACCAAAUUGACUCCACAUUUCAAAAAGGAAUGGUUGACCAUACAACAGCAGCUCAUCAACAAGUUGAAUCUAUACAUUGCUUUGAGGGAUACUAUCUAGGGAUGAGCGUUGGAACCGGACCGGUUCGGAACCGGAACCGGUAUUGCGAUAUUAUAAGAACCGGUAACCGGACCGCCGGCUCCGAUGCCGGUUCCGGUCCUGAUUUUUCGGUUAUUUAUGCAAACAAGAACCGAAUCGUAACCGGUUCUGGUUCAGUUCCGGUUCCGGCGGUUCUAAAGGUCAACCCUAUUACUAUCUAUUCAGCAUCAUCGAUAACUCAAACAUUGACCAGUGAGUUGACCGAUGGUCAACGGAAAUUGGUGGCUCUUGCAGGGUCAAAAUCAGUAAAUCCAUUAUUAAGCCAAAUCAGCAACGAGCCCACCAGUGGUUUCCAUGAGAAGAUGGAAGCACCAAUGGAUCCAACAAAAGAGCUAUCAAGAUUAGUAUACGAGCACAAAUACGAGGAGGCUUUUACUUCCACACUUCAAAGAAGUGAUGUACGGACCGUUUCCUGGUUAUGCUCACAGGUGGAUUUACAGGGGAUAUUAACGAGUAAUCCUGUACCUUUGAGCCAAGGGGUAUUACUAAUUUUAUAAUUGGGUAAAUUAAACAAAGUACUAUAUCGUUUUAUUCAAACCUAUAUUUUAAUUGUUGUUUUGAUUGAUGUUAAAAGGGUGAGUCCAGGGCCUGAACUAAUAGGUAUCACUUUAUAUUCUCAAAAUAGUGGAAGAGCUUGGAUUAGAAAAAAAACUCAUUCAAGACCAAUUAGAAAAAUUGGAGCAACUUUUUAAUGGGAUCUUUGUACUGAAAUAGUUCACACCACGUGCAAGGGACUACCUACUCUUAUGCCGGGAGUGCAUCUCCACCAAGUUAUAGUUGUUGAAGAUCAAGUUAUAGCUGUUGAAACUAUGAGGCAAGAUGAUACUAGAUGUAAGUCUUAUAAAAAAAGGAUGCAAGUGGGAUCAAAACCAGUUCCUAAUACAACACAGUAAAGACCCAAAGCCAAUUUAAGAACAAGUUUUCCUUCUAUCCAGCUACAACCUGAAGGGUGAUAAUUCUUGCUUGAGAACGUGGUUUAAAUCUUGAACUUUUAGAUAUCCCUGUUCAGAGCCUUGUGAAAGAUCCAUUAAAGGUUGUUAUGAAAGCUGGUGAUGCUGAGCUUGAAAUGCGAGGAAGGCACAAUGCAGGUCAAAAGGUUCUGACAGCUCUAGCAACCUCCUUCCAUGCCCUGCAGCCUCUCAAAGCUCCUGCAUUUAGGUUAAUUCUUUUAGAAAUGAAAUUGCCAAAGGAGAUUGUCAAAGGAGAAUUUAGUCAUGGGUUUCUUUUAAUGUUGUACACGUUUUGUUUUAUAUAAUAAAUAUUAAUGCAAUAUUAGCAAUGUGUUACAUUUACUUACUAUUGGAAUGAUUAUUUGAAUUUGACAUAUUAGUGCAAUGAAUUAUCUUUAUUGUUUAUGGUA